GUUGACUACGUUUUUGUACAACACAGGGCGGCGCUCUCCCAACAACUCGACGGCGACGGCAGCGCCGACGCACUUGCUGGCCCGAUGGAUUGCGUCGGAUACGUCAAAUCGUACGCGCCGACGCUGCUCCAACGUCCCGAGUAUGUGAAUUGCGAGUUUCCCAAGCAAUUUAUGGCUGGCCUACUGGACUCGAAGCGCUUGAAGGCCGUGGAUUGUCCACUCAAGAUCUGCAAGACGGUGCUGGAAAACAACAAGGCCGCGUUUGUUCCGUUUCCUGGGUGUUCGCUUCCUGAUAGUGCGAACGGAAACAAGCCCCUUGAGCUAGCUUCCCUCAGUUCGAUUUGCGAGGGCGUUGCUAUCAACAACUCUGGCGUCGUGGGCGAUACAUCAACCUCUCCUCAACCUUCGUCGUUACCUCCUUCUUCCGAUGUAUCCCCUGCUUAUCCCUCGCCGAUAUCUUCACCCGUCAACGCUCCAAAUCGGGCGGGUGUCAUUUUGGGGGCUACCGCUGGCGUGCUGGUUGUGCUGCUCAUCGCCGCUGUUUUGUACAUGCGGUCUCGACGAAAGCACAGUCCGAAGAACGCUUGCUUUGUACAUAUGGAAGAUGGCAGCACAGAGCAACGCUCCCAUAAAGGCGACACCACUAAGUCAACUUUUGGGUCGCUCGGUGAAGGGCCCACCGGCGAACUCGACUUAGGCGAGUUGGAACUGUAUCGAAUCCCCGUGCACGAAGUUCGCAUGGAGAAAACGCUGGCGAGUGGCGCAUUUGGCCAAGUGUGGCUUGCCGAGUACAACGGCCAGUCUGUUGCAGUCAAGACGUUGCUAGCGAACCGCGCAACCAAGUCCGACUUGCAGAAAUUCAUCCUGGAAAUCACUCUUGUUGCCAAGAUAGAGUGCCAAUACGUUGUCACGUUUAUCGGGGUGGCGUGGUCGCGGCCGACAGAUAUGAUGCUUAUCACCGAGUUCAUGGACGGUGGAGACCUUCGAAGCGCGUUGCUGUGCACCCACGACGCCCCACCCGAGCAUCGAUCGAUCACGUGGAAGGUCAAGGUCAAGAUUGCCCAUCGCAUUGCUGAAGGACUCGUGUACUUACAUUCGAUGGACCCGACGGUGAUCCAUCGCGACUUGAAGUCCCGCAACGUGUUGCUCGAUUCGGUGCAAGGGGCCAAGCUCACCGACUUUGGCAUUUCCCGGGAGACGAAUGAUGCUACCAUGACGGCAGGCAUCGGAACGUAUCGUUGGAUGGCCCCGGAGGUCCUACAGGAUGGCCACUACACGGAGCUCACGGACCUGUUCAGUUUCGGCGUCAUUCUGUCCGAGCUCGACACGGAAAUCUUGCCCUACUCUGACCUACGCAACGACAAGGGGAAUCCGUUGACGGACACUGCGAUCAUGGCAAAAGUGAUGUCGGGUGAGCUGCGACCCCAGUUUACCUCGCAAUGCCCCGAGUGGUUUGUUACGCUUGGACGGAAUUGCACUGCGCUGCACCCUAUGGACAGACCCACGGCCAUGGAAGUUGCCUACGUGUUGCGCCAGCAUCUCAAAACGCUCUGACUUAUCUCAGCUGUUGCUUUGGCCAUGUGCAAUCAUGCCUGCCACGCGAGGCAUGAGCGUGUGGAGCCACCUUCGUCGCUCUGGUACACACUUGAGCACGAGUUGCUGAGAAGGCAGCUCUCGCUCCCGAUGAAGCAACUGGUGUUGUCGAAUACUAC